CUUUCGUUCUUGUUAUGAUUUUCGCAUGCAGAGUUCGAAGAAAGUGAAUUUCCACGAUGUUUAUAUUUGUUUACUGAGUAAUUUUUUGUACUUUGAACCACUCAUGAUUGAUUCUGAAGGGGCAAAAGCCCAAAAAGAAGGCUCCCUUUGAUGGUUUCUCCGUCGCAGACGUGAGAGGAACUACAGCCUACAAAUUUCCAGACUGCACCAAUUUUGAGCAAAAUUGACUCUGAAAUGGCUAAGAACGCUUAUCAUUGUCUGGUCCCUAGCUUACAAUCUCGUCAGCUUGGAAUCCUCUCUCCGCGGAAUUUCUCCAGGGACACUUCAGGUUCUUGUGGACUUGUGAAAAGACUCACACUACACGACAAACUUGUUCACCACGAUGGAUGUGUGAAUACGCUACAUUUCAACAUGUCCGGGGACCUUCUAGCUUCUGGAAGUGAUGACUUAGAAAUCGUCAUAUGGGAUUGGGCUAAAGGCAAGAAAAAGAUAGCUUACCAAAGUGGACACUCGAGCAAUGUCUUUCAGGCCAAGUUUAUGCCAUACACUGGUGAUAGUACAAUAGUAAGCUGUGCUAGAGACGGGAAGGUACGCGUUGGUUUCCUCCAUUCCUCGAGUGAUGUUUGUAAGAAUACCAAAUGUCUUGCACAACACAAAGGAGCGGCACACAAGCUUUGCAUAGAGCCAGGAUCACCAUGUGAAUUUCUGACAUGCGGAGAGGAUGGAGUUAUUUUCCAUGCUGAUCUCCGAGAAGAUAAAGCUCACAAACUGUUUUGCUGUCGUGUUGAGGAGCACCGAAGAGUUCCUCUGUACACAAUCUUUAUCAAUCCUCUGAACAACUAUGAGUUUGCUGUGGGUGGCAGGGAUCAAUUUGCAAGAAUUUAUGACAGAAGAAAACUCCCAGAUGACAGUAAAGCUUCAGUGGAGCCUGUGAAACAAUACUGUCCCCAUCAUCUGAUGGGAAGUAAUGACAUCUUUGCCAACAUCACUUGCUUGGUUUAUUCAUAUGAUGGGACAGAACUGCUUGUUAGUUACAAUGAUGAGAACAUUUACCUGUUUGAUUCAUACUCAAGUUCUGAAGCAGAAUACAUUAAAACUUACAAAGGGCACAGAAACAAUGCUACAGUUAAGGGGGUAAACUUUUAUGGUCCACAAAGUGAGUACAUUGUUAGUGGAAGUGACUGUGGCCACAUUUUUCUGUGGGACAAAGAAACUGAGGAAGUGGUACAAUUCCUUGAGGGAGAUAACACUGGUGUGGUGAACUGUUUAGAGCCACAUCCUUUUGCUCCAAUUCUGGCUACAAGUGGCCUUGACCACGAUGUUAAGAUUUGGCUGCCAACAGCAGAAGAACCAACAAGCUUAGAUGGACUAAAGAAUGUGAUUAAGGAAAAUGACAAAGACAGAGAAGAAGAAAGACUUCGGCCUCAUGAUCCAAUCAGUGAACACCUUUUAUGGCUUAUGAUGCAUCACAUCAGAAGAAGCCAGAAUCGAGGUGAAGGUGGGGAGCAAGGCAGUGAUAGUGAGACUGCUAGUGAUGAUGAUGACGAUGAUGAAGAUGGUGAAUUGGGGAACCGAGUGCAGUGCAGUCCGUCAUGAAUGGACAUUUUAUAAUACAUCAGAUAUGUAGUAAAAUAUAAAUAUGGACAAAGAAAAAUUUGUGUUAAGUUUAGGCUUGUCUUGUGUAGAAAUGUGAAUGUGUUAGUGUAGAAUAAAUGCUUUUCAUUCGUGUAAAAUGUUGAUGUGUCAUGUAAGGUAUGCCAAAUAACAUUACAUCAUCUGAUCACUUUUCUUUAAAAGGUUUUGAAGAGUUUUGGUUCUAAAAUCAGUUCUGUUUGUUCUAAGUUCUAAGGAUUGCCCUUUUUUCUUCUUCUUUUUUUUUCUUAUUCUGAAUGUUCCACCAACCAAACUAUAUAUAAGGUGCAAAGCCUUUCAACCAACUGAUUUAACUCUCUACAAAGAGUAUAUUUUUUGUUACAUGUGAACAUCCAUACAAUUUUGCAGACAUAAAAGUAACUAAGUAUUAAUAAAGGUAGACAUGCCUAUUACUUGGUAACUAUUUUUAAAAUUUGAAGAACCACUUUCAAUUUUUUUGGACAAUUUUUUGUUUCAAUUUAUUGUAAUUAUUCAUCAGAAGUCAGGAGUUCAAUGGCAGAAGUCUGUGAGAUGUCCAAGAAAUACCUUUCAGUGGUAGUCUUUACACUUAGCAGACAAAAUUAAUCCCAAUGUUCAUAUACUACCUGAACUGUUUUUGUUCCAGUGGGUUUUUUUUUCUAUAACUAUUUAUUACUUUGUUUUUUGUUAAAUUGCUCACCAAUCAGUUCAGUGUUACUCAGUUGGUAGAUCAUCUGAAUGUGAAAUCAGAAUGUUGGUGCAUAAUUUUUUCUUAGGCCAGCUCUCAUUACAAAUGUUUGAAGUGUUCUUUCUUUAGAACUACAUUUCACUUUAAAUUUGAAAUGUAAUCACAUUUUGGUGCACUAUUCUUGUUAACAUGGCAAUGGUUGAUGAGGAAAUUCUAACUAAUUAUGGUCAACAAAGUGUUCAAACAUGUCUUGUUACAAAUUUAAAGUGGUUGUCCAGUUUGUAAAAAGACAUCUAAGCAACAAAUCAGUUCUUCGUUCAGAGUAUAAACUUGAAGCUGACUUGUCAAUCCAGCUUUAUCCACAGGCUGAGAAAGGACUAACCAUAAGUUGAAUUUUUUCAGGAAAAAUGAAAAUCCAGGUUUUGUACUUACCUCAGGUAUGAUUAACAAUAUUAUUGAACGUCGGUGUUUUUGUCAGUACUAACCAGCCCAAAUUUCUUUCUUUAAAAACUUUGUUUAGCUUGAUGGUAAACCUUUGUAUAUUGAAGAUUUCUUGGAUGCAAAUCAUGUUGAUCGUUUUCAAAAUUUGCAUCAAGUUUGUUGAAACAUGUUGUAGCAUAAAUUAAGUGCCCAGCACUGAAAGUAAAAUUAAAUAUUAAGAGGGUGCUGUA